AUGGUGGGGUCCCUCAGAUAUUUUGCUAGUAUUGUUUUUUUACUCUCUUGGUUAGUGAGUAUCCAAGCAGAGGAACUGAAAACCUCACAAAAACCAUGUGAUUUUGAAGCCAUCUUCAAUUUUGGUGACUCAAAUUCAGAUACUGGUUCCAUGUCAGCAGCAUUUUUCCCUGCUAUUUUACCUUAUGGUCAAACAUUUUUCCAUGAGGCUGUUGGCAGAGCUUCUGAUGGCCGUCUUAUCAUAGAUUUCAUUGCAAAGCAUCUUGGAAUGCCAUUGUUGAGUGCUUAUAUAAACUCAAUUGGAACAAGCUAUAGACAUGGUGCAAACUUUGCAGCAGGAUCAUCGACAAUCAUGCGACAAAACAGGACCUACUUCGAUGGUGGAACUCCUUUCGUGCUUGAAAUCCAAAUAGAGCAAUUUAACAAUUUCAAAACACGCACCGCCAAGUUCUUCACACAAGCAAAUAAAAAUUCUUACGCAACACACUAUCCAAAGCCAGAGGAAUUUGCCAAGGCUGUUUACACUUUUGAUAUUGGUCAAAAUGAUAUUGCUUAUGUUCUUAGUAAGUAUGGAAAGGAAGAUUCCCAAGAAUUGAUCUCUAACAUUGUGGAAUAUUUUUCAAAACAACUUCAAAAUGUAUAUGGUUAUGGAGCAAGAACAUUUUGGAUACACAACACAGGCCCCAUUGGUUGCCUACCAGUUUCCAUGCCAAUUCACAAUGCCUACUACAACAUUUCUCUACUUCCUGGUUAUCUUGAUCAAAACGGCUGCGUCAACUACCAAAACGACUUGGCCAAAGACUUCAAUAAAAAGCUUAAAGAUAAAGUUGUGGAAUUAAGGACACUCUUCCCUAAUGCUUCUUUAACAUAUGUCGACAUGUACUCUGCAAAAUAUGAGCUAAUCAGUAAUGCUAAAAAAUCAGGAUUCUUUGAACCUUCUGGAAUAUGUUGUGGAUAUCAUGAAGAUGGUAACCAUGUAUAUUGUGGGAAUAAAGCAACGAUUAAUGGUAAAGAAAUAGUAACUAAAUCUUGUAAAGAUCCUUCAAAGUAUAUAAGCUGGGAUGGUGUGCACUACACUGAGGCAGCAAAUAAAUGGAUUGCCAAUCGAAUACUCAAUGGUUCCUUUUCAGAUCCACCACUUCCCAUUACACACUCAUGUCUAAUUACUCAUUAG